AUGUCAACAGCCAAACGACGUAGAGGGCACUCGCUUCAUCUUGAACUUCCCAAUCGCGAUGCAGAAGAACUGCCACCGGUUGCCGCCGUUUUCCUUAUUCUUUUCGACGUCAAGGCAGGUUACACGAUAGCAUGGAAGCAGUCGAUGCCUGGGUUAGAACUCAACGAGAGCGUGGAAUACAAAUCCCUCCCUUCUGGGCUACACAAUGUCCGAGAAGAUCUCAUAUACUUCGUCCACGACAACGGCUAUGCUGGCAUCAGUGCUUUCCUCAACGAGCCCGCCGAGGAGGCGGAUCGAAAUGCGCUCAUGCUGGCUGUAGGAGCACUGGUACCAUUGAGCUAUGGUAGGCUUGGGAAAAGCUGGAAACACGCCUCGGGAUUGAAAGAAUUGGCGAAGACCCUCGUCCAAGAUCCUACGAAGACCCAGCCACUGAAAGAUUUUUGGCUGGCACACAAGCUUCCAACUGAGGAAGACUCCCAGAAGGAAGCAGCAGAAUCACCUUCGGACGGACAAGCAAAGCGAAGACAAAGUCAAGGCUCGCCCAACGGCAAAACGCGCAAUCGCCAUCGUGCUGUCUCAACAGCGUCUGCUCUUGCCCCGCCAGGGCAAUCACUGUCGUCUCAUCAUCCAGCUCUUUCACUGCCUGUGUUACUAGACACUUUCGGGCCCCUGAUAUUUCCUUUGUACAAGGCGGCGCUGUUACGGAAAAGAAUACUGUUUGUGGGCCAAGCGCCUGUUGAACUGGCUUGUAAUUUUGUGUACGACAUCUCAGUUGUUUCCUGUAUCCCAUCCUCUGUCUCUGACCUCCUCCCACUCGAACCUCUACCCACUCGCCUGCGGCCACUUUUCGCAGCAGGUGUCCACGACAUGGCAACCCUAGCUCAAGGCUCCCGAGACAUCAAUCCGAGCUCCGAAGUCACUGAUGAGGGCAUGGGAUAUGGGUGGGUGGCCUGUACCACAGAUGAUAUCCUCUCUCACAAAGACCACCUUUUCGAUACCCUUGUCACUAUUCCGCCAUCCUACUCGAAACAAGCUAAAGAGAAAAUUUGGCCGCGCGUUGAAGUCAAGAAGGGGACAGAGAUCAAAGCCACACAGCGGGAUCUGCGUCGGUACCGUACACUUCGCCGAGAGCUUCGCCGCUUUCCCAGCGGCCACUCUCCGCACGCAUCCAAGUAUUCAAGCACGGAGCAGACUUCUGACCUCCCCUUCGAAAAUGCUCAAGAGACCUACGACGAUGCUUCCUCUACUCUUGACACUCAACUCGCCGAACCGCAAUCCUGGUCCGCGCUUGCGUACUCCAGUUUUAUGUGGUGGGCUUCGGCUGGCGAGAAACGCACAGACCUGGACGAAGAAGCAGAUCACGAUGCUGCUUUGCUACGCCAUUUCGAUAAUUACCGCGGUGAUUCACCCGAUCGACCACGGUCAGCAAGGAAGUCGCCCGGCAGAUCUCCCGGCGUGGAGGGCAUGGACACAUCCCCAGCAGGAUUGGAAAUGACGAUUAUUGGUUACUUUCACCGACUGACUAUCUUGAUACUCAAGACACUGUCGGACAUCAUCGAUGCUUCCGAUUACUCAGAUGAGGAUACGGAUGAUGUUGGAAAUGCAGACGAAGAUGGAAAUGGCGGGCAGAAGAGACGGAAAUGUACCAGCAAAGAUCUAGAAGACGCGGAUGCAGUAUAUGUGAGCAGCGAAGAUAUGAGCCGUAUGGGUCUUGAUAUAUGGAGCGAGAGCGAUAGACACUUCGUGCGGGAGCUGGUGGCUCUUUACUGGGGUAGGAAGACCGACGUCAGGGGCGGAAGAGUUGAGUGUUGUGGGGUGAGGAUAUGUUGA